AAUAGCUGUGGCUGCGGUACGGCCUGGCGGCAUGGCAGCUUCGCGGGACAGGGAGGCGGAGGGGCGGAAUGACCACAGAGAUUAUAUUUUGGAACCACUUUCCCUGCCAGAAAGUCCAGGUGGCACUUCUGCUGAAGAAGAAUCUCCAUCUGUGCCUUGUCUAUUCUGUGAAGAAUAUUCUCCAGUAUCAGAACAAAACCAAAUUCUGAAACACAUGAUCUUAGAACACAAACUUGUCAUAGCAGAUGUCAAGCUGAUUGCAGAUUUUAGAAGAUACUUAUUGUACUGGAAGAAAAGAUUCACAGAACAGCCGAUUGCUGACUUCUGUUGUAUAAUAAGAACAAAUUCUGAAGCAGCUUUAGAGGAUCAGGACAAUUAUUUUCUUUUAUGUGAUGCCUUACCUGAAGACAGGGAACUAAGGGAGAAGCUUCAACAACAGAGACUGAAAGAUAUUCUGGAGCAACAGCAGCAAGAAAGAUAUGAUUCAGAUUUUCAUGGCAUAUGCAUGUUUUGUGACAGGCUUUUUUUGGGCAACAGAUCGGUCCUUCUCAAUCACAUGGCAAAUGAUCAUGCAUUCAGUAUUGGAUUGCCAGAUAACAUUGUGAACUGUAAGGAGUUUUUGAAUGUUCUUCAGAAAAAACUUGACAGUCUCCAGUGUUUAUACUGUGAAAAAACAUUUCGGGAUAAGAACAAACUCAAGGAUCAUAUGAGGAAGAAGCAGCAUCGUAGAAUCAAUGCCAAAAACCAAGAAUAUGACAAAUUUUAUAUUAUUAAUUACUUGGAAUUUGGGAAGUCCUGGGAACAGGUUCAGUCAGAAGAUGAUCGAGAAUUGUUCCACAAUCAAGAAGAGGACUGGUGUGAUUGGGAAGAACAUCCUGUUUGUGCAGUCUGUCUCUUCUGUGAAAAGCAGACUGACACCACAGAAAAACUCUAUGUUCACAUGGAGGAGGCUCAUGGAUUUAACUUGCAAAAAAUUAAGUCUGAGCAUGAUCUGAAUUUCUAUCAGCAAGUGAAACUAGUGAACUUCAUCAGGAGACAAGUCCACCAAUGUCAGUGUUAUAAGUGUGAGAAGAAAUUCCAGUUGAAAAAAGAGUUAAUACAUCAUUUGGAAGAUAGCAAACAUAUAGCAGCCCUGCCCGACAGAUCUGUUUGGGAUCAACCACAGUACUAUUUUCCUACGUAUGAAAAUGAUACUCUUCUCUGUACACUUUCUGACAAUGAGGAUGAACUGACAGCUGAAAAACGAAGAGAAAUCAUACCUAUCAUUAGUGAGGAUGUUCUGAACAUAGAGGCUUUGAAACAUAGAAGUGUGUUAAAUCAGCUUCUUCGUGAGGAGUUAAAUAAUGUAGAAACAUGACUAUAAUGAAAAAAAUUAACUGGUUUUCUGUAAU